AUGAAGACCUUCUCGACUGUUUUCGUGGUCCUCGCCGUCUGGGCGCACACGCUCGCCCUCGCGAGCCCCCACCUUCGCAUCCGCCAGGACACCCCCACUUCAGGGAACGGCACCGGCACGGACACGAGCCCGAUGUGCCCCGGGUCGACGCCCCAGCUCGUGUCCUCUACGAGCCUCGCGGUCACCGAGCUCGGGGCGUCGAUCGAGCUUUCGACGUUUUCGUGCGCGGCGGCGGCGGAAGCGGCGGUCGCGCUGCACGCGAACCACGUCGAGAGCGAGGGGCUCCUCGGCGGCGUGCUCGACGGGCUCCUGUGGUGGCUGUUCCCGCCGUACCCGCCGGCGAAGACGACGACGACGACGACGACGACGAGCACGAAGACAAGCACGAAGACCAGCACAAAGACCAGCACGAAGACGACGACGAAGACGAGCGUGCCGCCGGCGUCGACGGUGACCACGACGGUGACCUCGGUCGGGACCACGACCGAGACCGACACCGCGACAUUGACUGAGACCGCCACCGCGACCGAAACGGAUACGGAGACUGCGACGGUGACCGUCACGACGUCGGCGGCUGCGCCGAGUGGGACCGUGACUGACGUCUGUGGAGAGAUCUGCACUACCGUGUGCGGAGAGCUGGGACAGCUCCCCCCGGUCUCGGAAGACUGCCAGCAGCUCGUGAACUCAAUCACCAUCCUGAACGGUCAAAUCGGUGAGUUCGAUAUAGCGCCACGGAGCGCACCCAGACUACUCACGGCGAUCCGGACAGCCCCCGAGUUCACGGUCCAGCCGAACCACGUCCAGACGAUCUCCUUUGGAACCUGUCGGUUCUUCUUCGAGAACAACGGGCCCCAGCCGCUCUCGUACUGCUGGACCUCGUUGGCCCAAGUGGCAUCCGCAGCGGCGAGCCAGUGCUUCCCGCCCAACCAGCCCGUCUUGUCCGAGGGCUUGUGCGUUCCUUCUAACGGCCUUUGGGAAGUGGGCGUGGCGCACUCUUGA